AUGACAGCUCUUGGCAUGGGCGCAUUCCUCAGGGGUAUGCAGAGGCAGGGUGCGUUCCCGGACGGUCAGCCGCAGACCACGAUACGGCGUAUGGAUUUCGAGGAACGCGUCGUCGGACUGUUUGUUUAUGGAGUCGCCGCCGGUGACGGCCCUCUCUGAAUCGCUUGAUUGUUGAUAGGUGAGGCUGCACUACUGGACCUGAAAUUUGCCAGUGAAUUAUUCUCAAUUGCUCUCGUCCAGUCGACAGCAGUCAGUCAGUCAACAGUAGUCGACAACAAACUGGACUGGGGAGUGUUACCUUAUGGGGAAAGAAUCAAUCACCGAGGAAAUACAAGAUUUAGCGGCUGCUGCUUAGUGUGAUCAUAGACACGACUCUCACCUAGCAAACCUGUCCCCCAAUUCAGAUUUCGCCCUUUCCUUUGUGUGCGAAAGGGCUUCCUGCUGCCCUCCUCGUUGGCCUCCGACACCAUGUCCCGUUCAAGUAAGGUCAUGAGGUAGCGAACAGGGGCGUAAAUUUGUCGCGCUCCUUGCAGAUUGCUCGCGCUGUCCGCGGCAGCAAUGCCUCUGGAGACAAAGGGUGUGCCUCGCUUGGGGGAUGGGUGCUUGUUCGGGUUUUCGGUGGAUGUUGGCGGGCCCAACGCAGCAGAGAGGGGAGCCAAGGGAGACGCUGCGCCCUGUGGCGGUAGGACUCCU